AUUCAACUUCCUCAGACCAACCAAAACAAAACCAGCAAGAGUACUCAGAAGAACAUGAAGGUCCACUUUUGUUCUUCCGGUGCUUUCCUCUUCAUCUUCAUCAUUCUUGUAACAAUCUGUUUGAGCAUUGAAGCUCAAACCUGCAAUCCAAGUGGCAAAAUAGUCGGUAAAAAGCCUCCUCCGGGACAAUGUAACCCUGAAAACCAGUCUGAAUGCUGCAAAAAAGGCAAGCUCUACACCACUUACAAGUGCUCUCCUCCGGUGUCCAAGCGUACAAAAGCAACCUUGACGAUCAACAGCUUCAAGAAAGGUGGUGAUGGUGGUGGAGCGUCUGAAUGUGACAAUAAAUUCCACUCGGAUAACACCCGGGUCGUGGCAUUGUCCACCGGGUGGUUCAACAAUAGGAAGAGGUGUUCACACUACAUUACCAUACAUGGUAAUGGAAGGAGUGUGAAAGCCAAAGUUGUUGAUGAGUGUGACUCCACAAUGGGUUGUGAUCCUGAUCAUGAUUACCAGCCUCCAUGCCCUCACAACAUCGUUGAUGCCUCUCCAGCUGUUUGGAAGGCCUUGGGAGUUAAGAAAAGCGACUGGGGUGAAAUGCAGAUAUUCUGGUCUGAUGCCUGAUUAAGUGACUGCCUCUAUAUUGUGAUAAAAAUAAGAGUGAAAAAGGUUCAUAAAGUAACAUUAAAUUGCAAUCUAUAGUUGCUGCUCUCCUGCAUUGAGACUAGGAGUAAUACAAUAACAGGUAUAGAAAUGAAUCAAUAUUCAAUAAGUCUUCUGCGUAGCUAGUAGCUACACACCCUCUUGUAGUCAAAAUUCAUACCUUCGUUUAGUUUGAUCUUCAGAUCUUUGUUUACGAAUGGCUGGUGAGCCAGAAAUUUUUGUAAUCACUGGGUCAAUGAAGAUAAAGUAAUACAAGUUUUUGUUAAAUA